AUAAAAAUAAAAAUAAAUCGACGAACAAAAAAAAAAAAAAAAAAAAAGAACAAGCAGUCUCGGUCUCUCUUUCUCUGCCUCGAACGCCGAAAAGAGAUUCUCAAUCUCUUGCCCCUAAAGCUAAUCCCUUUGAAAAAUUGUCUCUGGGAAAACAGAGACUAAAACCCAGCAGAGAAGAAAUAAUAUGAUCCCCUUUAGAUGACAAGGUGCAUGUUUUUGCAGGUUUUAUGAACUCUUCCACUUCUGCACGUGAUAGAUUUGGUUGAAUAUAUUUAUAUCGUAUAUAGAGAAUGGCGGAUGGAAUUUCGAGCUUCUGGGGUCCUGUCACAUCUACAACUGAGUGCUGUGAGAAGAAUUAUGCCUACUCAUCUUACAUUGCAGAAUUUUACAACACUAUAUCCAACAUCCCAACCAUUCUUUUGGCACUUAUUGGUCUUAUAAAUGCCUUAAGGCAACGAUUUGAAAAGAGAUUUAGUAUUCUUCACAUAUCUAAUAUGAUACUCGCCAUUGGAAGCAUGUUAUACCAUGCCACAUUGCAGCAUGUGCAACAGCAGAGCGAUGAAACUCCUAUGGUAUGGGAGAUGCUCCUUUAUAUGUAUAUCCUCUACUCGCCAGAUUGGCACUAUCGCGGUACGAUGCCCACCUUCCUCUUCCUCUAUGGUGCUGCUUUCGCUAUUGUUCAUUCGGUGAUCCGUUUUGGUAUUGGCUUCAAGGUGCAUUAUGUGCUUCUAUGUCUCCUUUGCAUACCUCGAAUGUACAAGUAUUAUAUAUACACACAGGAUGCCUGUGCUAAACGGCUGGCGAAGUUCUAUGUGGCCACUAUUUUCCUAGGGAGUUUGUGUUGGUUGUUUGAUCGUGUUUUCUGCAAAGAGGUUUCUCAGUGGCUAAUUAAUCCACAGGGUCAUGCCCUGUGGCAUGUGUUCAUGGGUUUUAAUUCUUACUUCGCAAAUACAUUCUUAAUGUUUUGCCGGGCUCAGCAAAGGGGAUGGGCUCCUAAGAUUGUCCAUUUUAUGGGGUUUUUGCCCUAUGUGAAGAUUGAGAAACCAAAGUCUCAAUGAAAGAAGAUGAGAAUAUAUGGUUGAAAGUAUAGUUUUGGUUGAGAAGUCCUGACAGUUGAGGAAAGAAAACAAGCAAGCAAGCGGACGAUUAUUCUUUUUUUUUUUUUUUUUUUUUUUUUUUUUUUGUUUGAAAAUUUUGUUUUUAACAGUGGAUCUUAAUGAUUGUUGAAUAUUACAUUGGUUAGUCGGGACCUCAUAAUUUUCAUUGUAAAAGUAGCAAAUGUACAAUAUUUAUGAGCUUUUUUGUUUGCAGUAUUGAUUAGGUGGCAUGUUCGCUGACCAUAAAUCUGUUUUCUGUCUGUUUCCUGUUUCCAGAGAAGCUGGUAACACGUUUUGUGAUGGAUUUGCUAUUGAUUUUUGGCUUGAAUCGUGAUUUCCUUUCUUUUAA